AUGACCUGGACUCUGAGCAGGGAAAAGGUUUGCAAACCUUCAUCUGCCUGACAAAACAGAAAUGUUACUACUGUAACAUAGAAAAAAGAAGUUUCGGGCGCCUAAAGGCGGCCGUAAAAUUGCUGCUUCCAAAAACAUGCCGAUAAUUCUUCCAUUUUACAGUGGCAGAAAUUCUACGAGGCUUCUAUUGAAGCAUCUGAGCGAUUCGAAGCCCCUGCGGAGUACAGGGAGCGGCUCUCAAGAAGGGUGCAAACAAGCCUCGUAAGGAUUGACGUGAGUUGGGUAGGCACCGCCCGUGGACCACUGAGCAAAGAAGAUUUGGCAACCUUCAUCUUGAAGACUAAACACAAAAUGCCGACCGAAUUCGAUGAAAAAGCCCUCAAAGUGAUUGUGGAGUCUUUCGGAGCAGAGGAACGAAUCUCCAAUGAACAAGAAAGUUUCUUCAAUGCAUCGUUCAGGUUUGAAAAAGCGGACCCUGCAUGGAUUUACGUAAAGGUAAGCUUAAUUUUUCAAGUAAGUGAAUCUGCAGGGUUUACAUAGACAUAGGUUUUGGUUAUGGGGCAAAAAAAGAGUGAAUUAAAAUUUCAGAGUGUGAUACUAGUCCUUCCGGAAAGUCGCCGGACGGAAAUCGGCGACAUGCACUCCGCGAAAACGAAAGUUCACUUUGCACUGUGCAAUUUUUUGCUUUUCGCACCGUGCAAUAGGCUUUUUUCGGGUGUCGCUCGCACCCUGACUUUUUUCGCACAGUGCAAACGCCAAAAAUCAGUCCGGCGACUUUCCGGAAGGACUAGUAUCGGGAAUCGGAAGACCAUCAGGUUCAAAGAGAGAUUGAAGAAGACGAAAAACGGAAGCUAACCGCUUCCCAAUGCCGUAAAUUUGGAAGACCAUGAAGUCGAUAAUGAUGCAGAUAUCGUAAGAAACGCCGAUGGCGCAAGGACUAGAACCCUGGGCAAAAAAGGGAUUUGAAAAGACGUAUCUACGUAAUUUCCAGCGAUUUUUGACUUACGCAACGGUCGUAAGAUUACUGCAAAACUCUGCGGAGACAGAGCAUGGAUACAUAGAAACCAUAAAGCAUACAAUCGUAAGUUAAAUUACGCGCUUAUUUUCAGACACACAAAGCAUACACUAAUCCAAAUUUCUACUACGCCUGCACCCAUUUGAUGAACCAUAUGGUUGGGCACAGCAGGGAUGAGAACCGCCCUAAAGAAGUUCUAUUCAAAUUCAUGCGAGAAUACGGCGCAAUUGAAGACGGUAACAACUGA